AUGCUCAACUGGAAGCUCCUGGGGAUCCUGGUCCUUUGCCUGUUCUCUGCAGGCAUCUCAGGCAGCGGAGACCAUCCAUCUCCCUCAUCCACAGAGCCCUCAGAGGAGGAGGGCCCCCCAACAUUGCCUCAGGGCCCCCCAAUCCCUGGUGACCCCUGGCCAGGGGUACCCCCUCUCUUUGAGGACCUUCCACCUCCAGGCCCCAGUCGUCCCUGGAGAGACCUGUCUGAAUCUGGAGUCUGGCCUCCUGUACCCCCUAGAACUGAUCCCCCUCAACCUCCCCGGCCUGAUGACCCCUGGCCAGCAGGACCCCAGCCUCCAGAAAACCCCUGGCCACCUGCCUCUAAGGUGGGCCACGGAUCUCAGGAGGAGCCAGAUCUUGACCCACCCCAGGAGGAGUACAGAUAA